AUGGUUGGACUCCGAUUCUGCGAAAAGCUGAUUGAAUUGGAUGUGGACAGGCGGUUUGAGCUCCAUAUAUUUUGUGAAGAAGAUGUGGUUGCGUACAAUCGGGUCAACCUCACAUCAUGGUUUACGCAUCGGGCGGUGAAAACGCUCAUUAUCCAACAUCCCGAGUGGUACACUGCUCAAAACAUUACCAUCAUCAUGUCCAAAGCCACUCACAUUGACACCACGGCCAAGAUUGUGACGGGCGAAAACGGGAUGAGCGUACCCUACGAUCACUGCAUCUUGGCAACGGGAUCAGAAGCCUUCAUGCCGCCAAUUAUCGGAAAAGAGCUAAAAGGCGUCCAUGUCUAUCGAACAGUCAAGGAUUUGGAACUCAUUGUUGCAUCCGCCAAAGACAAAAAGGCGGGAGUGGUGAUUGGAGGAGGGCUGUUGGGACUUGAAGCCGCCAAGGCAUGUGUGGAUCUUGGUCUAAAAACAACCGUCAUCGAACGGAACCCGUGCCUAUUGAACAGGCAAUUGGAUAUGGAAGGUGCCCAACUGUUGCAAAAUGAAAUGAGCAAGAUCGGCGUCAUGUGCCGUGUGAAUGCCAAUAUUCGACGAUUUGUCGGACAAGAUGUCAAUGGUCAAGAGCUGGACAGUGUCACGCAGGUGAUUGUCGAUGAUGAGGAGAGAGUCGAUGCCGAUGUCGUGGUGGUUGCGGCUGGCAUUAAGCCAAGAGAUGAGUUGGCAAAAGCGAGCGGGAUUCUGACACAUCCGAGAGGAGGUGUCCUUGUAGAUGAUGAAUUAAAGACCAGCGCAGAAGGGGUUUGGGCUAUUGGCGAAUGCGUUGUGCACGGCGGAAUGGUCUACGGACUUGUCGCACCAGGAUACGAAAUGGCCGAAACGGUCGCCAUCAAUCUCGUCAAUGGACCUCAACGCACGUUCACCGGAGCGGACAUGUCUACCAAACUCAAACUUUUAGGCGUCCAUGUAGCAAGUUUUGGCGAUUACUUUGCCGACCCCGAAAUUUGUUCUCCUCUCGUUUACCGGGAUCCAUUUGCCGGAAUUUACAAACGCCUGUUGUUUACCAAGGACGGCACAAAACUUCUCGGUGGUAUCCUCGUAGGUGAUACGUCGGAUUACACCCGCUUCCUCUCGUUCUCCAAAUCGGGAAAAGUCCUCCCAUCACCUCCUGGUGAACUGAUCCUUGGCAAAAAGGCUGACGAAUCCAACGAUGACCUUCCCGACGAUGCCCAAGUCUGCUCCUGCAAUAACGUUUUGAAAAAGGAUAUUGCUGAUGCCGUCUCGAAGAAGGGGUGUUGCUCUAUUGCGGACGUCAAGACCUGCACCAAGGCGGGUACCGGGUGUGGAGGAUGUCUCCCCCUCGUCACAGACAUUUUCAACGCUGAAAUGAAAAAGAGCGGAAAAGUUGUUGAAGUGUUUUUGUGUGAGCAUUUCAAGUAUUCACGACGAGAGUUGUUUGACAUUGUAAAGGUCAGAAAGAUUAGAACAUUCAAAGAAGCUAUGCGGUCCUGUGGAACUGGUGGGAAUGGUUGUGAGAUUUGCAAACCCACGUUUGCAUCCAUCUUUGCCUCGCUCUGGAACGACCAUAUCCUCGUCAAGCCGCAUGCUCCCCUCCAGGACACAAAUGAUCGAUACCUCGCCAACAUCCAGCGCGGUGGAUCUUACUCUGUUGUCCCCCGAAUCCCAGGAGGAGAAAUUACACCAGACAAACUCUCUGUCAUUGGCGCUGUCGCAUCCAAAUACGGUCUCUACACCAAGAUCACUGGAGGGCAGCGUAUCGAUCUUUUUGGCGCACCCAAACAUCUCCUGCCCUCCAUCUGGGAAGAGCUAGUCAAGGCUGGGUUUGAAUCCGGCCAUGCAUAUGGCAAAGCUCUCCGAACGGUCAAGAGUUGCGUCGGAAGCACGUGGUGUCGAUAUGGAAUAGGCGACUCUGUGGGUCUCGCCGUUCGCGUCGAAAACAGAUACAAGGGAAUCCGAUCACCACACAAACUCAAGGGCGGUGUAUCAGGCUGCAUUCGCGAAUGCGCUGAAGCGCAAUCGAAAGAUUUUGGUCUGAUUGCCACUGACAAGGGGUACAACCUCUACGUGUGCGGAAACGGCGGGUCGAGUCCCAAACAUGCUGUCCUCCUCGCCGGCGAUGUUAGCGAGGAGAUGGUGAUCAAAUAUCUGGACCGCUUCUUGAUGUUUUAUAUAACUACCGCGGAUCGGUUGCAGCGGACUGCAAGGUGGUUGGAGAAGCUGGAAGGAGGUAUUGAUUAUCUGAGGAGUGUGGUCGUGGAUGAUCGUUUGGGCAUUGGGGAGGAAUUGGAGAUGCAGAUGCAGUACUUGGUUGAUACGUAUCAAUGUGAAUGGAAAACAGUCGUCGAGGAUCCUGUUCGCCGAGCGGAAUUUGCUCAAUUCGUCAACACGCCCGAAAACGAAGUUGUCAUUGACACCAUAACUGAGCGAGGACAACGACGACCGGCCAAUUGGCCCAAAAAGGUUGAAAAGUUACCUCUUCCGGUUUUCACCAAGCCAGCCCAGCCGACCGUUAGUAAAGAAGAGGAGUGGAUCCGUGUGGGUUCGGUGACAGACUUUCCUGAAGAAGGCGGUGCGACCGUCAAAUACGGGCAGACCCAAUUGGCCGUCUUUAGGAUGGAAAUCGAUGGCGAGACAAAGUGGUUUGCUACUCAAAACAUGUGUCCACACAAGCGUGCCUUUGUCCUAUCUGGAUCCCUAACCGGCACCCAAAAGUCCAUCCCAAAAAUCUCCUGCCCAAAUCACAAGAAAAACUUUUCUCUCGUUGACGGCUCAUGUCUCUCGGGUGAAGACUACUCGGUUCGCACCUUUUCUGUCAAGGCAGACGACAAGGGCGUGUGGUUGCUCUUACCCUCUGUAGAGACUCUCGAUGCAGAGCUUGGAACAGGAUUAUGGAUGAUUCGAGAAGGGGAUGACGUGAAGGCGGACGGUGGAAUUGAAAUUGUGAAUUCGGGAUGUGCGACAGGAUGUGGAAAGAAAGAGUUGGAGUGGUAA